UGGAGGAAGGGAGGUGGGGUUUUGCGGGUUAGGGGGUCGCGACGGGAUAGGGGAGGGGUCGUCGGCGGCCGGCGCGCCUUCCGGUGCUAGCCCUGGUUGCAGGGGGUGGCGGCGACUAGGGUUUUGGGGUGGGCAGGGGGCUCGACGGCAGGGAGGAGGUGGUGGCUGGCCAACUCUAAGUUCUUUUUUUUUUUAAAUUUUUUUGUUGUUUUUCUUUUAAUUUUUUGUUAUUUUUAAAAACGGACCAAUCAGAAGGUGACACAUGACAAGUGGUGGGGUCAACUAACGGUCAAUUAACAGCUGUCAGUCAUUAAUGACACUCGGUGAAUUUUCUUAAAACUCGGUGGCAUUUGGUGAAUUUUGAAAAGGUCCAUGACAUUUGGUGAUUUUUUGCAAUUGCCUAGUGGUAUUUGGUGAAAUAGCCGCAAUUAAAAUGGAUAGAAAAAAGAGGGAAAAUGACCCAAUUCCGAGAAAAUAUGGAUCAAAUCAAAAUAAACCAAAAAUCUGAGAAGAAUUGUAAAAAUACCAAACAAAUACGAAGCGAUAGCUAAAAAAAAUGGCACUGCUUUCCCUUCAAUCCUCUUCCUUCACCAAUAAACCUCAUCUCUUACUAUUCAAUACUCUUCCCACCAAACCCAAAUUCACCAUCUUUUGUCUAGAUUCAUCAUCUUCAGAAUCUCAAUCUUCAAAACCCACCAUUAAUAAUAACCCAAUUGAGCAAUCUUCUGAUAAAAAACCCAUUUCUUCAACCGGGCAAGGAUUCGGGUCGACCCAAUUACCCAAACCAUCAUCAUCAACUGGGAAGAAGAAAGGGAGGAGAGAGAGAGCUUCAAUUAUACGGCGUAAUCCAGUGGAAAAACCAGCUUUUUUGGGUAAAAACAAUGUGGGUGAGGAAGAUAAUCAACAAGGUGUGAAUGAAAGAGCUUUUUUGCUUACUUGGUUGGGCCUUGGUUGUGUUAUUCUUGUUGAGGGCAUUGUUCUUGCUGCCUCAGGAUUUCUUCCAGAAGAGUGGGAUAAGUUCCUUGUAAAGUUUCUGUACCCAUCAUUCACUCCCACAGUGUUCUUGUUUGUUGCUGGAACAGUUGUAUAUGGUGUUCAGAAAUACUUGCAGAAUGAAAAUGCGAGAGAAGAAAAAUGAUGGUUUUCUUAACCAGAGCCGCUUGCACAUAUGAUGUUGCCCCUCUGUUCUUAGCACUCUCACUUUCACUGAUGCUGGAUUGUAUACAUUUUAUUGUCAUUUAAUUCAGUUGAGAAGCAGUGAUUGACUCAAAGCUUGCACUUUGCUGGGUGUAGGAUAGACUUUCGUUACCUGUAUUCCUAUUGUCUAGUGUAUGUAAAGCUGUAUUUAUGUAAAUUGAGAUGGUGAAUUAGAUGUAUGUUCAGCUCUACUGAUUUAAAACACUCUGAGUUUUAACAUUUUUGAUAAUUUAAGCAACUGCAGACUUGGUGGCA